AUGUUGCUGAAGAUGAAUGAAGCGCAGGUCUCUCUCGUUGCGUCCUUUCCUCCCGGUUUCUUCCUCGAGAACAUUGCUGGAUCUACCCAGACGGGGUUUUACAUCACUUGCCUCAACCGCCAGGAGCUCUACUGGCUACCCCCUUGUCCAGAGUCUGGGCGAUCAGUAUCUCCUCUUCUUGUUGCAACAUUCGAGGAAGGCCAGCGGCCUAUGGGCAUUGUGAAUGCUCCUCACAACCCAAAUGUGCGAUACCUUGUGACGAGCGAACUCACCGGGUCGUCUGGAGGCAAAUCAUACCUGCGCAUGCUCGACAAUGCCGACUCCGCGGUUCGCCUACGGACAAGGACGAUCAUGGAAUUUCCUCCGAGUGCCCGGGUCUUGAAUGGGCUUUGUGCCUUAUCAGAGUCAGUACUUCUCGCCGCCGACAGUUUUGCUUCGUGCAUAUGGCGUAUCGACCUCGACCUGUCGGUCUUGCCUCAUCCUACAGCAAAGGCCGAAGUGUGGUACUCUCACUGUACAAUGGCUGGGAAGUUGAACCUGUCGGACAUCCAGCCCGGCACGAAUGGAUUGAAAUACUCGGCCAAGACGAAAUAUGUAUACUAUACAAGCACACAGCAAAAGCUUGUCUGUCGAGUGCAGGUCGACGCGUGUACCUUCAACCCAGUAGGCGAAGCGGAAGUGCUUGCAAAAGGCUGGCAGUGGGACGACUUGAUUCUAGACGACCGUGACGACAAACAGGCGGUUGCAUAUGUGACAACCCACCGAGACAAUGCAAUAGUGAAAGUAAACCUGGAGUUGGAGGAUGACAAGGUGACGGACCAUGAUAUGAAGGCAGUUGUACAGGGGCCGGCUUGCUCAGAUUGUAUUGGUCCGACUGCUGGAAUCUGGCUAGACGGCCGUGUUGGACAAUCAGCUUUGUUCCUCACCGACGGUGGAAUCAAGCGUCCACCUCCAGAUGGGAUAUUGCGAUGUGCAAAAGUGAUCCGAGUCGACUUUUGCGACGUAUGA